GCACGGCCAAUUACAUGUGAACUUGUUGGGGGAGAGGAAUCAAUCUGAAGCAGCGGGGAGCCCCAUUAAAUAUGUAAAUGAGAAGCAGGUGCUGGAUGUGUCCUGUAGAUGAGCCUCCGGAUGAGACCCAUUCCCAUCCCAUUACCGGUGUCAUGCCCACAACAACAAGCUCCGUUGCAAAUCGACAGAUUUGUCAAGUUGACAUGCAAUUUCCAAGGCAUUUUCUCAACCCCCAUGAUGCUGCAGGAAGAUAUUUGUUUAAAGACCCGGGUGACAGUCUCCAGUCUCCUCAUGUUGUCAGCGUCACAAAUAACACCAAACACUUACCGUACCUGUGAGAGGCAGAUUCACCGUAAUUUCGGCUUCAUUGGCCUCACAUUACCAUGGAAACAGGAGAAUCACAUUUCAAAUAAGAAAUGGAAUAAUAAGAACAUCAACAUCAAGUUUUGGCGGAAAGGAGACAUCACCUGCUCUGAUAAAUAUAUUCAAAAUGGAACCUACAGUAUGUGUUGUAGUUCUUUAAGACACUUAGUAGUGACAGAUUGCUGUCUUUAUCUUCAGAAACCUUGCGACAAUUUAAUUCUUAGAUGUAUCCACACGACUUUGUUCCAGGAAAACUGCAUCUGCAUGUGGAGAAAAUACGACCCUUUGUCUCUGGUAAUUGUGCGGUUCAGCUCUUCAGAGACGAUAAUUCUUUGUCGGAAUGAUGAUAUCUUUGCUUGUUCUCAAUGUUCUUUGCCGAGAGUCUCAAAGUUUAAAAUCAGUUUCAGGCGGAGACAUUCGGACGCUUUGUUUUUUCGCCACUUUAAAGUCAAGAACUAA